UCAUAUACAGUUGACAAUACGAUUGCCACUUCUGUACACAGACACCGUUGGAAAAUUAUUCAGAACUUAAUUUAUCUUCAAAAAAAAGUCCUCAAAUUUUAUAAGGGGACCUAACCCAGUCUCUGGGAAUAACAUCACUAUCUCAUAUGCCUUCGUAUGAACCGGCAUUGCAGCAAAUGACUUGGAUACACAGAACUUCACCAUGGUGAAAAUUUUUAUCGGCAACCUCUCCUGCAACACCACACCCGAUGAGCUGCGUGAACUCUUUGAGAAGUAUGGCAAAGUGUCCGAAUGUGAUGUUGUCAAAAACUAUGGGUUUGUGCACAUGAAUAGCAUUACCGAAGCGGAGGAGGCCAUUCAAAACCUCCAUCAGCACCAGCUGCACGGCUGGCGCAUGAAUGUGGAGAUGAGCAAAGGGAGGCCCAAAUCUACCACCAAGCUCCAUGUCAGUAACAUCAGUUCGGACGUCACCACUGAUAUGCUGCGGGCCAAGUUUGCGGAAUAUGGCACAGUGGUGGAGUGUGACAUAGUGAAAGACUAUGCCUUUAUACACAUGGAGCAAGUGGAGGAUGCCAUGGAGGCCAUCAGUAAGCUGGACAACACGGCCUACAAAGGCAAGCUGAUCAGCGUACAGCUGUCCACGAGUCGGCUUCGCACUGCCCCGGGAAUGGGAAGUCAUACCGGCUGCUAUGUCUGUGGGAAACAUGGUCACUGGUCGAAAGAUUGUCCACUCGAUCGGAACGGUAGCAGCGACGACAGCAUGGGAGGUCGCAGUGGCCGAGCCCCCCCACGCGGUCCCCCGGGUUAUGGCAGGGGUGCCUACGGAAUGACCCCUCCUCCAGCGGCUGAUUACAUGGGUGGCUCUGCGUAUAGUGAGGGUAGUUAUGGAGGUGGAAUACCGCCGCCGCCCCCUCCUCGUAGGCUUAGCGGCUAUGGCUCUGAGGCAGGUAGUAGGUAUGCAAACAGAGCUGCAGGCUCCUAUGCUGAGAGGUCAUCCGCUUAUGAUCGUGACCGUCUCUAUAACAGUGUUGAUUAUUAUGAAAAGUACAGAGCUCGGCCAUAUGGCUCGAGUUAUUUCGAGGAACGCCGCAUGUCCUAUAUUCCUCCUCCCCCACCUCCCCCUCCUUCCUUCUCAAAGCUUCCCUCUAGUGUAGAUCCAUACAGGCAAAUGCCUCCAACGUCGUCGGCCGAUUCAACUGCCGCAUACUACGCACGAGACCGCAGCCCGAUCCAACGAGUGCCAGACCCUACUGGAGGCUACACCUACGAGCGAACACGGCUGUCACCGGUGUCCUCCAGGACCUCCUACACUGCUCCACGAGCCAAAGAUCCUUACACGUCGCGAUACAACCCGUACUAAAGCCAUGGCGCUAAGGUGAGCAACAUGGUAAUGACGAUCUACAUGGAAUUAGGAGCUUUUGCUGCUAAAUUAUAUGGGUAAUGCUGUGCUGCGGACAAUUGGGGAUUAAACCGUCGUUUCUGAAAAGGGAUUGCUUUGCUCUCUUUGUAGGUCUAUUUGUGAACUGCGGGACUUUGCUGUUAUAUCUUUCGAGCUAGGUGAUUUCAUCAGUCUGUGCGAUGUGCAGGAAACCAUACAAGAUGUGGGAAUUUGGGUUUGGAAAGUGGCAUCUUGUCCUUUCAGUACCAUUUGCAUAUUCUGUUUUCAGUAAUGUUGUUACACGAACUGCCCUGUCUAACAUUUAUAUUGUAUGAAAAAAAAAACUUUGCUCUGCAGGUUCAGCUCGGUUUUUAGCCAUGUUUGUUUGUUUUUCUUAUUUGUUCAUUAUGUGUAGCAAAUGUAACAAAUGUGGAUUGUUCAGCUUUUGGUGAUUAUUCAGAAGGAAGCUGGAUUUAUAACUAUGUGAAGAGACAAUUAUUAUAUAUAUAUAUAUAUAUACAUCUUGCUUUAUGCACAGGCUUUUACUAUCACACCCUAGGCUACACUGUAGUUCUUCUCUGGGGUUUAACGGCAGUUUGCAUCCAUGAUGCAGAAUUACUGCCAUCUUCUUGAAUUAGAAAACUCCUUCACCACCCAGUCCAUCAUAUUCUAUGUCCUCUCCUCCUUCCCACCCUUUUCUUGAAAUGCCCCUUUUUAAAUAGUAACUACAUGCUGCUUGCACCUUAAACGAUACUGAUUGUUACUCAUCUGCCCGUUAACGCUCUGCAUUGACUAUAAACCCAGCUGACAUGUUUUGGUUCCAUUUAUUAUGGAACACUUGCUUUGUUUUUUUAAAUUGGGUUGCAGGGUUUACCUGGUUUAAUUAGCCAGAUCAGUUGCUUGUAGUUCAGUCGAGCCUGAACUUGCUCCUCAGCACAUCUAAUCUGAGUCAGUUUAAUGGAUGUAUGUAAUUAUUUUCAUUGUACAUUAAUCUCUUGAUUGUUUUUUAUUAAACGUCACUGAGGAGCCAAAAAACAACAACCAAAAAAACACACACGCUGAAACAUAUUCAUAAUUUAUCAAAAACAUUCAGUGUAGCACACGAAUGGACAUCGUUUCACUUUUUAAGAGCACAAAAAUCCACAUCCAUUCAACUGACUCAGCCUAAGUCAGAAAACUGCAUCACACUGUGAGAGAAAAUGAUCUCAAACAUUCCAGCAUUUUUAUUUUUUUUUUAAUUCAAUUUUAUUUAAUUGUGUUUACGGAAUAGAAUAAAGUGAAAAAUGCUGAGUGCUGAGAAUUGCUGAGUGACACCAAAACAAGGAUACGGGACUAUUUGCACAACGGCCAUUUUGACGGGUCAUAGUGAGAAAAUUCUUUUAAAAAAUGUUUUAAUCUUUCGAGAAUAAAGUAAAUUAUUAUUCAAGCAAAAUCUCACAUGAUCAGCUGCAACCUGCAUCAAGAUGAGAAACGCGGAGCAUUUUCGUGAAGUUACAAAAAUAUAGAAAUACUUUGCACCACAUUAUUUUUAGCAUUUAUUGUGUAAUAUUAUGACUUUUUUAAUAUUAUGACUUUAUUCCUAUUACUCAGUCAUUGAAUGCUGGUCAGCAUGUGAUCAAUAAAUCCUGAUUUUUUUCCUGCUAAAACAUGUCAAAAUGGCUGCCGUGUAAAGGGCCCAUCGGCUGGCGAGCAUUUUGUGUGAACAAGACAUAGCUAUUUUCUUCCCACUGGUGAUGUUUAUAAAACCUCCGUGUCUUUGGUUUUAGUCUGGGUGGAUAUGUAGAAACACGGCAGAUGGAGAAACACGAGGCAGAACUCGGGACUCUGGGCUGGACAAGUUAGCAAGGCGUGUUUUUCUUUGUUGAACAUGUUUGUUUUGCAUACAGGUGGAUUUGACGUUUGUAUUUUUCUUACUAGCUGUGAAAGUACCAGCAUACAUUAAAAAAAAGAAAGUCUGAAAUGAAUGUGAUUUUUAUUAAAGACAACAACUUGG